AAACUCUUAUGUUUUUUCUCUCAUAAGACUUGGUCUUUCAUUAUUUGCUUGCUUAAGCUUAUAUAUUUAGUCAUAUAUUGCUUUCACAAUCUAGUUCAUUUUUUUUUCCUUUUGAUGAAAAAGAGUGCUUAAGGAAAAAAAAUAACAUAAAAGGUAGAGGCAUUUACAAUGAACAAGUGAGAAAAGGAUUAUGCUUUAAGCUAAUGAAAGAUUGCAAAGUCAAGAAAAGUUAAAAACAAGAUAGAGAGAGAGAGAGACCCUUUUGUUUAUUAUUGAAUAUUUUUUUAUUUUGCUGAAGAAAUCAAAGGCAGCUAAGUUUGAAAGAAAGAAUUUUUAUCUUCAAUCUUCUUCAUCAUCGUUUAAAAAAGUCUUUAUCUUUGAAUUUGCUUCUUUCAAAAUCUGGUUAGUGAGAAAAAAAGCCUUUGCUUUAUUUUCAUGCCUGUGUAAGAAUCUAUAGGAGUAGAAGAGAGAAAGAGAGAGAGAGAAAGAUGGGAAAUUGCUGGUGUUCUACUCAAUCUGAGAAGAACCCUUCUAUACCAAGUACUACUGGUUAUCUCACCACAGGAUUAUCCCAAACAACCAGUAAUACCACAUCUUCAGGGGGAAGUACAAUCUCUAGGAAUAGCAGGUUCUCUGUGGUGAGCUAUGACGAGAAUUACCCGAAUGGGCAGAUCCUGCCCUCCCCAAACUUGAGGACAUUCUCUUUUGCAGAACUGAAGACUGCAACAAAAAACUUCAGAGCAGAUACAGUGCUUGGAGAAGGUGGUUUUGGGAAAGUCUACAAAGGGUGGCUUGAUGAGAAGGCCUCAGGUAAAAACGGAAGCAGUACUGUAAUCGCGGUCAAGAAGUUAAAUUCUGAGAGCUUGCAAGGCUUUGAGGAGUGGCAGUCAGAGGUGAACUUCUUAGGGCGACUCUCUCAUCCCAACCUUGUAAAGCUGUUGGGAUACUGUUUGGAGGGUACAGAGUUACUGCUUGGCUAUGAGUUCAUGCAAAAGGGCAGCUUGGAAAACCAUUUAUUUGGAAGGGGCUCAGUUGUUCAGCCACUUUCUUGGGAAUUACGCCUUAAAAUUGCGAUCGGUGCAGCCAGAGGCCUUGCAUUCUUGCACACAUCAGAAAAGCAAGUUAUCUACAGAGAUUUCAAAGCCUCAAAUAUACUAAUAGAUGGGUCCUAUAAUGCCAAGAUUUCUGACUUUGGCUUGGCCAAGUUGGGUCCUUCAGCUAGCCAAUCUCAUGUUACAACUCGGGUUAUGGGGACAUAUGGUUAUGCAGCUCCUGAGUAUGUUGCCACAGGGCAUUUGUAUGUAAAGAGCGAUGUUUAUGGCUUCGGAGUUGUUUUGAUUGAGAUUUUAACUGGCUUACGAGCACUUGAUCAAAACCGUCCUAGUGGAAGACAUAACUUGGUGGAUUGGAUAAAACCAUACUUAUCAGAUAAAAGAAAGUUGAAAAACAUUAUGGAUUCUCGAUUGGAGGGUAAAUAUCCAUCUAAGGCUGCAUUCAACAUUGCCCAACUUGCUUUAAAAUGUAUAGAAUCUGAACAGAAGCAUCGACCGUCCAUGAACGAAGUUGUUGAGACAUUAGAGCUUAUUGAAGCCUCUGAUGAAAAGCCAAGAGAGCCAAGGGUUCGUUCUACUCGCUCCACUGUUCAUCGAACACCAGGCCAUCAUCAUCAGCAGCAGCCUUUGCACCAUCGUUCCCCGCUUCACCCCAAAAUAGAUGAUGCUAGAGUUCACCAAUACUCACCAAGAGUUAGGUAGUCUUAAUAUAGACUAUUAUGACUUGUGAAUUGUGAUCAUAUACCAUAUAGGCAUAUAUAUAUUUUUAUACAUAGGUAUAGUAGAUUCUUUAAGCAAAUGAUUUUGUUCUUUGAGAUCUCAUGUGAAUUGUUCUUCAUUCAAUGUUGUUCUACUCUUCAAUUGUAUCACUAUAAAACAAGUACCUUAGUUUGCAUGUAAAUCUGUAAUUACAUUUUGGCUCUAAAAGUAUUGAAUUGCAAGGACAUAAAAA